UACGCGUGUGCUCGGUGCUGGCCGGUUCUGCUUUCUCGUGUUCGCUCGUCGCGUGGCUGCGUAGAACCGAGCGCCCGACAUUCUCACCUGUUCCCCUCCAUUAACUGUCACCUGUCAACUUUGAUUCCUUCAACGACCGGACGAACGACCAUCGAUCGUCCUUGAGGCAAGAGAUUCGUGGAACUGGUGAUCGUCGAUCGUAACUCAUAUCGCGAUAGCGCGCGAAUUCUAUCCUGAAAUCGAACGUUCGAACGCGAACAAGUGACGUUUCGUUGGAUCGUUCGUCGACGCUCGUACGUACGCUUUCUCGGCCAGUUUAAUCGCGAGAUCGAGGCCGACUCGAGAAACCGUAGAGAGAUCGAAUCGGCGGACAGGGGACGAUGUGUAGUGAUCGAGCGUAAAAGACAAGGAACGAUCAAUGAUCGAGCUGUUAAUUCGAUCAGUUUAUGGAAGCAGAGUGGUUGCAGUAAACUCGCCGCCGACGAAGACUGCGAACGAAUGAUAAACACGAUCGAGAAAAAGGUAGAGGCAUCGGCAACGGCUCGAUAGACUCGGCUACCGUUGACAAUUCCAGGUAAAGCGAAGGUCGUGAAUGUUGGUAUACAGACAUAGUGCAAAAAACAACAUAGCGGUAUCGUAUUCGAGAACACCGAUCGUUUUAGUUUGCAAUGAUACGCGCGAUACUUAACGAUCGGAUCGAUUACGAGCGAGCAUCUCCGAUAUUCUGCUCUCCAUGGCAAGGUUAUUCGUACUGUUAGAGCGCAUCGAGUCGAUCUAAUCGCCGCCAACGAUCAUCCUAUCGUCUUUGGAAUCGAGUGCACCAGGUUCGCGGAAAUUAAGAUGGAGACCUACACGUUCGAAAAGUCGCGAAACUCAGCUGGAUGGAAUUGAUAGAUACCUUGAAAAGAGACGCUGAAUCGCAUCGCGUCAGGUGGUCGCGCAAUCGAGGGAUAAACAUCAAAUUACCGGCUUGUUGCCGAUCCAUCGGAUAAGGAUUUGGUAUUUCAUUGAAAAAGAUAAGAAGAGCAAGCGGCCCGAUCCCUAUCGCUCGACAACGAGAUCGAGUAUCGCGAACAAAAAUUGUGGCCGUAUCCGCGAGCGAGACGUAUCGUACGUUUCGAUCGACGAGUCAUCGAUUAGGGAAAACGAAUCGUCAAAUUUCCGCGACGUUCGUAUUAAAUUCACGAACGAUAACAGAUCGAAUCGUCGAUUAUACGGCACGAAUCGUACGAGAUAGCAGUUGCGUACUGUGUACCAUGCGAAUCGACGAAAGGACGAUACGAUAUUCGUGUGUACUGUGAGAGGACGCGUAAACGUGCCUCCUUUUUACCCUCGAUUAACGUUCGACAAGUGAAUCGUCGGUAUCGAGAAGAACGAUGGAUCUCAGCACGACCCCGAGAAGAAUAGCCGAGGGUGUAUCCGAGCUUCAGAAAACCCGGGUCGCCAAGAGCGUAUUCAGCAUCCGGAGUUUGGUGGACGUCGGGGAAACGGAACUUACCGACGAUAUGGAAAAGACGCAAAAUCAUUCGAUACGAGGAGGAGGAGGAGGAGGAGGAGGAGGAGGAGGAGGCGGCGGCGAGCACGCUGUCCCGCAGACAAGUCCUGCGAGCAGCACGAGUAGCUCGAGCCAGGUGACUCAGGUGAGCCUACAACAGGUGAGCCAACAAGCUCACCAACAACAAUCGGUACCGCCACCUACUACGACGACACCUCAAUCUACUCAGAUGGGAAUCUCUACGGAAGAGGUGAGGACCGAGGAAGAGAGCAACCACCCUAGAGCAGCGCCGACCAGCCCUGAAAGUGAAACCGAGGUCGACGACUUUGCACCGAAAAGGAAACAACGCAGAUAUAGGACUACCUUCACCAGCUUCCAAUUGGAGGAACUCGAGAAAGCUUUCUCGAGAACUCAUUAUCCCGACGUGUUCACCAGGGAAGAAUUAGCGAUGAAGAUCGGUCUUACGGAAGCACGAAUACAGGUUUGGUUUCAGAAUCGACGCGCAAAGUGGCGGAAACAGGAGAAGGUUGGGCCUCAGGCGCAUCCGUACAAUCCGUACUUGGGAUCAGGUGCGCCACCACCAUCGGCGGUCGUAGCGCCGACCUUGCCGAACCCUUUCGCCCACCUGGGCACGUUUCCCCUGAGGAAACCCUACGACGCAUUUCGUUACCCACCUUUGGGUCACGGACCGGUCCUUCCCGGUAGUUACGCCGCUCAUCCCUAUCAUCGCGCGCCGCCACAUUUGCUACCACCUGGAAUGCCUCUGCCUUACACGUCGGCCGCGUCCUUUCAAAGUCUCCUGGCGAACAUAUCCGCGGCGCAGAGGCCGAAAUUGGUACGCGGUUCACCACCUCCGCCUCCGCCUCCAACGGCGCCCGCGAUCAGUCUCGCGCAUCCACCGGUUCCACCGCCGCCGCCGACAGCCAGUUCACCGCAAGGUUCGCCCACGGGUAGCGUCGGACUGCCCGACAUCGACAGACGAACCAACAGCAUCGCCUCUCUCAGACUCAAGGCCAGAGAAUACGAGCUCCACCUGGAGAUGCUUCGCAAGAGCGGAGAUCUCAUCAGCUGAAGCGACUCGCUGUUCUAAAAACAGCUAGAAACUGCGAUUCCAUCACCGGUGCCUCUACAUCUACUCUGAUUCAUUGAUCCAAAUCACCAACCACGACGAUGGUCGUCAUCUCUUCCCGUCGAACCGCUGUUUCCUUUGACCCAGAUCGAGCAAACGGAGCCAGUGGAACGGAACUGCGUUGAAAAACCUGAAACGCGACCUACCAUGCUGGCGUGGCCGAUGCGACAAGUGGUGGAAAAAUUCACUCGUAACCUCCGAGAUACGCGUUCCCUAAUGCGAUCCUGCCGACCGAUACGAAGUAUGAACGUCUUCUUAGGUCCACGCUUUCGUAUGUUUCGUAAAAGAUACGAGCCAAAGAAGUCGCUGCGACGUAGCCGACCACUUUGUAAUUAAUCGCGUGUACGCGAAGGAAGGUUGAACAAUGGUUAUCCUUCUUUCACUUUGUGAUCACUUUGUGCCUUCGUUACGUAAUAUCUAAUCUUAGGAACGCCGGACUCGAUUGUAUUUCAAAUUGCGUGCCAGCGAUUAUCGAGUUAAAGAGGUAAACCGAACGCGAUCUCGGGAUACUUGUCAUCGUCUUAACUAUCGUUGGCUCUUAUGGAAUUCGAAGACUCUCGGUAGACUUUAGGCAACACGCUUCGUGCGACAGAUUUCUUGCAAUACACAACGCGAAACCAACGAUUCAAGCGUCGGUGUCUGCGUUGACAACUCGGGCGACCGUUUAGAAACACUCGCAAUUAGUAGACGAGUUUUUUGGCGGACGUUGGAAUUGUCAUUGCUCUUUAGCAUGGACCGUGACCCAAUGAAUCAAUGACUCAAGCGACAGACAGUUUUUACGACAUCGUUCAUUAAAAGAAGGACGAUAUACCUGUCCAUGUACAAACACGUUUCUUCAACCUUUCUCUUAAUGUCAUUCAGAAUACCGACUCUACGUUUAGACGAUUACGGAAAGAACGAAGAAUCAAGCGAAUGUGUUUCUUCGUGUACAAUAAUGCGUAUAAUAUGCAGUAAUGGUGAGGCAAUGUUUCGAGCUAUAACAUACGUAUAUGUAUAGUAGAUAUAUUUACGCGAAGUGAUACGGAAUGUCUUUCAAAUCUAUCUUUCGGCGAUCGUGAAAAUUUAGGAUCCCGCGAAUACAGUUUUCGCCAAAACAACGGCAAGUACCCCUUUGUGAUUAUGGCUCGCGAGAAGCAUCCGACGAGAAACACCGGACGAGAACAUACGGAAUUUUCAUGGAGUUUUCAAAUGCGUUCAACGCGAAUUCGAUAGAUUUGAAAAACAAUCGGCGAAAGGAUCGAGGACGUAGUCGCUCACCGUGUUUGGCGAACCGAGAACAUCUACUUGCGAUUAUAAGAUUAUUUUUAAGCAAACAUCAUCGAAAGAUGUCCGUCCAGAAAAAUACUUGGCUACGCGACAAGGACUUCGCUCUCGAGUAUAUUUUUAACCGUACAAGAUUUUUAUCGUCAAUAUCGAAAUUGUUAUGUUUUAUUUUAAGAAGGAGAGUUAACGUUUCGAACCAAUGAAAUUGUAAGACGCGAGUCAAAGGAUUUUUGGCGAGAUAUUCGUCCGAUACGAACGAAAUUAUUUAAUCUCGGUUAUUUCUUUAUUUUUACAUAAACCGUCGUACGCAUUUUAGAUAAGAGAAGAUACUAUUUAUAUACGCGUUCUUUAAUUCUUGAAUGUUCAACGACAAGUUAUAAUAAGUUUUACGACUGUAUAAGUAUACCUAGUUGCGUAAGUUACCUGUAAAUAAUUAACGACGUAACUUUGUGAGGGGAUCUUGCAAAUAAUUUUCCGACUGCGUAUCGCACGACAAUAUUAGACUUUUUUUUUUCGAAAGUCGUUUCAGAGGAGCGACGUUCCAAACGUUCACAUCGUACCAUAGCGAAGAAGAAAUAUUACGAUUCCUCGGAUGUUAGUAUAAAGAGUGAUCGAAGUUGUGACUAGGAAUUAUCAAUCUAUUCGAAGAUCUUGGAUAAAACGAAAAAAAUACAACGUCGUUCAAACGAUCUCUCGUUUCAUUUUCCACGAGUAAAAACGAACACUAGAUUUCCA